AUGUCUCCUCCAGUUGCCACUGAAGCCAUGUACAAACAGACUACUAUCUCUCAUGAUGACCAUCUUGCUGCUCUCGUAUCGAAGGCAACUCUUGCCACCCCCAAUACACCCGCUAAGGUGAUCUUCAAGCCUGAACCUGUCGAGAACCUGAACCCUAUCAAGUUUGCUCCUAUCAAGGAGCACCAAGUUCAACGGGCUAUGGUCCGUCGAUACUUCAACGACAUGGAGGAGCGAGCUAUCUCCGAUGUGAUCAUUGUCGGUGCUGGUUCAGCUGGUCUAUCUUGCGCCUACGCGCUUGGAAAGGCACGACCGGAUCUCAAGAUCACUAUCCUCGAGAGCAAUGUUGCCCCAGGUGGUGGUUGCUGGCUCGGUGGUCAACUCAUGAGCGCCAUGGUUUGCCGUAAACCUGCCGAUGAGUUUUUGGACGAGGUUGGAGUUCCAUACGAAGAUGAAGGAAACUUCGUUGUCGUCAAGCACGCCGCUCUCUUUACCUCCACUGUCUUGUCAAAGGUUUUGGCUAUGCCAAAUGUCAAGAUGUUCAACGCUACCGCAUGCGAGGAUUUGAUCAUCAAGCCAUGCCCGAUCAACUCGGGAGCUCAACGUGUUGCUGGUUGUGUCACCAACUGGACUCUUGUCUCUCUUAACCACGAUCACCAAUCCUGCAUGGACCCUUCUACCAUCACUGCUCCAAUUGUCUGUUCCUUUGCUGGACACGAUGGACCAUUCGGUGCUUUCUGUGUCAAGCGAAUUGCAUCAGCAGGUUUGAGUGAAGGUCUUGGAGACAUGAGACCCCUUGACAUGGAACGUGCCGAAGACCACAUUGCCAACAAGACCCGAGAGAUCAUUCCUGGUCUUAUUGUAGGUGGAAUGGAAUUGAGCGAGUUCGAUGGAAGUGCUCGUAUGGGACCAACCUUUGGUGCUAUGCUUCUCUCCGGUCGCCGAGCUGCUGAAGUUACUAUGCAAUGUCUUGACCGAGUUAAAAUCGAAGAAGGUGAAGUUGUAGGAUUAGCUGCUUAG